GCCGGCCGCGAAUCCAAGGACGCCUCUCCUCCUCUAUCCCCUCAGUCCCUCCCUCGAGAUCCGCUCGGAGCCGGAGCCCAGCUCCCCGGCCGGCGAGGUGCGCGCUGGUGCAGCCAAAGCCCCAAAGCUCCGACCAACGCGUUGCUUGGUCGAUCGAGUUGAUAUAAGCGAGCCGCGUGCAGUGCGGGCGAACCUGUACAUGCGAGAGUUGGACUGAUGGCAUUUGGCAGAGGUGCAAAGAUGGACGCCAGGCGGCCUUCGUCGCCGUCCUCGUCAUUGUGCACGACGACCACCGUCGCCGUGUUUGUGGCGCUCUGCGUGGUCGGCGCCUGGAUGAUGACAUCGUCCACCGUCUUCCCGGUAGAGGCUCCGUCGAGUAAGAAAUCGGAGCCGGUAGAGGUUUCGUCAAAUCAGAAGUCGGAAGUGAAGGAUCAGCGUGCGGAAGUCGACUUUGGCACAACCGAGGAGACAGCAUCCAGCAAUGCUAUUGAAGGUUCCUCAAAAUUCGAGGAUACCGACAAUAAUGAUAAUGUUCCAGACGAGUCUCAUAGUAACAGGGAUGCUCCCGAGGAAGAGAAGUUCACUGAGAACGCGAUGGAGAAGCCUGUGGAGAUGAUUGAGGAAGCAUCAAAAGAAAAGGAAGAUAGUAAGGAUUCGUUUGAUGAUGCAAAUGGAAAAUCAGGAGGGCAGAGUGCUAAGGAGGGUGGGGAGACUGGGCAGUCUGGUGAUGAGGAGGAGAAGACCGAGGAGAGGAAAGACAAUGACACCACAACUGAAAACGAUGCUGAAAAAUCUGAUGGAGAGAAGAAGGAAGACCGAGAAGCCAAGUCCGAAGAUGAUUCCAUGCAGGAUGCAACUGAACAGUCUCAGAUCCAGGAGAAAGUGGAAGAGAGUGGGGAGAAGGAACAGGCUGCAAAAGCUACUGAGGUAUUUCCUGAUGGAGCUCAAGCUGAACUUCUGAAGGAGUCGAAUACCGAGAAUGGGUCGUUCCCUACACAGGCUGCAGAGUCAAAGAAUGAGAAGGAGGCUCAAGCAUCAUCAAAACCUUCAGGUGAUGCAAUCACCUAUAGCUGGAAAUUAUGUAAGAGCAUUGCCGUGACAGAUUUCAUACCUUGCCUCGACAAUGAGAAGGCCAUCAAGAAACUUCAUUCUACAAAACAUUAUGAACACCGUGAGAGGCAUUGCCCUGAAGAGCCCCCGACUUGCCUUGUUCCACUCCCGGAAGGUUAUAAGCGCCCCAUCGAGUGGCCCAUGAGCAGGGACAAGGUAUGGUACAGUAACGUCCCUCACACCAAGCUUGCAGAGUACAAGGGCCAUCAAAACUGGGUUAAAGUUUCUGGGGACCAUCUUCUGUUUCCUGGGGGCGGGACUCAGUUCAAGAAUGGCGCACUCCACUAUAUCGAUACUAUUCAGCAGGCAUUACCUGACAUUGCAUGGGGUAAACGAAGCCGUGUCAUCCUUGAUGUUGGUUGUGGAGUUGCCAGCUUUGGUGGCUACAUGUUUGAUAGAGAUGUGCUCACCAUGUCAUUUGCUCCAAAAGAUGAGCAUGAAGCUCAAGUACAGUUUGCGCUGGAGAGAGGAAUUCCAGCAAUAUCAGCUGUAAUGGGCACUAAGAGACUUCCAUACCCCAGCAGGGUUUUUGAUGCCAUUCACUGUGCUCGCUGCAGAGUCCCUUGGCACAUCGAAGGUGGCAAGCUUUUGUUGGAAUUGAACCGGCUACUGCGUCCUGGUGGCUACUUUGUCUGGUCUGCAACUCCUGUUUACCAAAAGCUCCCUGAAGAUGUUGAGAUUUGGAAUGCCAUGUCUUCUCUGACCAAAUCCAUGUGCUGGAAAAUGGUUAAGAAAACAAAGGAUACAUUGAAUCAAGUUGGUAUGGCCAUAUAUCAGAAGCCAAUGGACAACAAUUGCUAUGAGAAAAGACCAGAAGACAGCCCACCAUUAUGCAAGGAAACUGAUGAUGCAGAUGCUGCAUGGAAUGUACCUUUACAAGCGUGCAUACACAAAUUGCCUGUUGGCCCAUCAGUAAGAGGGUCAAAAUGGCCAGAGACAUGGCCUCAACGGCUUGAGAAGACCCCCUUUUGGAUUGAUGGUUCUCAUGUUGGAGUUUAUGGAAAACCAGGGAACGAAGACUUCGAGGCAGAUUAUGCACACUGGAAACGGGUUGUCGGUAAAUCAUACGUGAAUGGCAUGGGAAUUGACUGGUCUAAAGUGAGAAAUGUCAUGGACAUGAGAGCCGUAUAUGGAGGUUUUGCUGCAGCUCUGAGGGACCAAAAACAAGUCUGGGUUAUGAAUAUUGUACCAAUUGAUUCACCUGACACACUGCCCAUUGUUUAUGAGCGUGGCUUGUUUGGAAUGUAUCAUGACUGGUGUGAAUCUUUCAGCACUUACCCGAGAACAUAUGACCUCCUACAUGCAGACCAUCUGUUCUCCAAGCUCAAAAAGAGAUGCAAACUGUUGGGAGUGUUUGCUGAGGUUGACCGGAUACUGAGGCCAGAAGGCAAACUGAUUGUGCGGGAUAAUGCAGAAACAGUAAGCGAACUCGAAGGCAUGGCGAAGUCCCUACAGUGGGAGGUCCGCAUGACCUACACCAAGGGCAACGAAGGGCUGCUCUGCGUCCAAAAGACCAUGUGGCGUCCCAAGGAGAUCGAAGCAAGCAUGUGAAACAUAGUUUGAAGAUAAACUGCCACUCGCUAGCGGUACAUUAGAUUGCAUUUUGGCUCCAGAUAAGCGAUUCUUGUUGAUGCUUAAAAAGGGUAAAAGCUUUGUGCAGCUGUAGAAUCAUAUAUUUGUUCUUUUUUUCCCCGCUGCAUGGAGUGCACUCUUCAUUCUUUCUGUGCUUGCAGAAUAUUGUUGUAAAAUGUAAGGCUGUACUGGAAGUCAGUAGAUAGAGAGCAACAGAGGGGGUAAGAAUUCUUGAGGAAAACCUCACUACAGGUUAUCAGUGCAAUCAAUAUUCUUGAA